AUGCCGAACAAGCCAAAUGUCCUUCUUGUAGGGGCAGGUGGCGUAGGCGCCAUGGCUUCAUUCGCUUUAGAGUAUUCAGGGGAAUCCUCAGUGACCUCUGUGUUGCGAUCAGACUAUGCACAUGUUGUUGAAAACGGGUUUAAAAUUAAUUCCUGCGACUAUGGUCGGGGCAUACGUUAUAGGCCCAGUAACGUUGUCAACAGUAUUGAAGCUAGUAAGCAGUAUGGCCCUUUCGAUUAUGUUGUGUUAGCGACCAAAUGCAUUCCAGGGGUUUCGAGCAUGAUUGACAUCAUUGCACCAGCAGUUUCAAAAGAUACCGCGAUUGUUCUUAUCCAAAACGGCAUCGGAAUUGAGGACGAAGCUCUCUUUAAAUGCCCCGGCAACGUGAUAUUGAGCGGUGUCAGCAUGAUUGCAUCUUCAAACGUCAAAGGCCAUAUAGAGCAUUCGGAUCGAGAUUUCCUUAGCGUCGGAUAUUUUGAAAAUGUCAACCUCACCAACGAGCAUCAAGAAAAGGUGUGCAAAAGGUUUGUGAGCAUGUAUAAAAAUGAUAAGAACCAAUGUGUUUUUGACGAGAACGUUAAAUACUCGAGAUGGCGAAAGCUAGUUUAUAAUGCUUGUCUCAACCCUGUUUGUGCUCUCACUGAAGCAGAUGUUGGCCGUCUGGAGAUAUUUGGCGGCACCGACUCGAUAAUUCGCAAGGCAAUGAAAGAAGUCAUCGCUAUUGCAAAGUCAGAUGGCGUCGAGCUCUCUGAAGCGCUUAUGGAUUUCAUGAUUAGGUCAAAGGAUCCAGUCUAUUACAGGCCCUCCAUGCUCGUUGACAUUGAUAAAGGAAACCCGCUUGAAGUUGAGGUUAUUUGUGGAAACCCGGUCAGAAUUGCGAAGAAAAACGGAGUUGAAGCUCCAUACUUAACUUUGAUCUAUGAUCUGCUUAAAGUGGUUCAAGGGAGGAUUAUGGAAAAAAGGGGAAUGUUAAUCGUUCCCAAGGAACGGCAGGUACCCAAAUAG